CCAUCUUCGGUAUUUUAGCCGGACAACCACAAACACUGGACGGAUGGCCUCAUACCUGGAACUGGAGAGUAACUCUGCCGAAGAGAUUGUGGAGUACUUCCGGAUUUCGGAGUAUACUAUGGAAGAUGUUUCUUUCAAGGGUCCGUCCAAUUGGAUUCCUUUUAAGGAAAUGUUUUACCAUGACAACUUCCUAGUCGCUGUCGGCUUACGGCAGGACGAGGACAGAGGUAUAUCAACUAAGAAUCUUCCAAGUAAAAAUUUCUAGACUUGCUUAUCAUUCAUCCAACACUUGUUUUAUUCUCUUUUGCAGAUUCAGCCAGGAGCAAACUAAGGAAGUCUUGGAUAGGAGACAUGAGCUCGUCCAGAUUUGCGGAUACUCUAUGGAAGGAGUACAGUAAGUCAGGUGCCGAAAAGAGGGCCGACACUCUGAAAAAUGCCCCAACCUCUAAGGCUUUGGCCGAAAAAGCCGCAGCAAAGAAACGGCCGGCCGGCACCAGUGAGGCCCCUCCCUCAAAAAAGGCAAAGGGCUUUACUGCUAAGAAGAGGAAGACCACACGGCCGGUUCCCAAGGUCGUCAUCGAGCUACCGGCCAAGGAGGAGGCCAAAGAAGAGCCGACUGAAGCUGACUCCCGGGCCCUCGUGGCCUAUACUGGUCCGACCGAGCAGCCCACACCUUCACAACCUGACGAGGUUGUCAUAUUGGACGAUGCUGGACAAUCUUCUCAGCCGGACACGGCUGUGGACGGGUCCGCCUUUUCUGGGCCUGUGGCCCAACUCGUAGGCCAGAUGCCGGCUGCUUAUAGGACGGCUUCCCGUUCCUCUGAUAAAGGGAAGGGUCCAGCUGUUGACGGCUCCCCUAGCCUCUCUGACGAUGAAUCUUCUCCAGCUUUUGGAAAGAUGUCUUCGUCCGAUCGUGAGAAGCUCAAGACGGAGCUGUUCAAGUGCUUUCCCGAACCUUAUAUUAAGGGGUUAAGGGGAGCAUCGUCUGGGCAUGUAGGUUACAUGUCUCAGCUUGCUGCCGAGCUUUUUGCUCGCAGCAUGAUAACAGAGGACUGGGCAAAGGAGCUCAGAAAAGAGAACAAGAAGCUCGUCCACGAUGUGACGGCGGCCGCUGAUCAUGCCCAGUUUGCUAUGGCCCAGCAAGAGGUGUUGCAUCAGCAGACCAAGGUUGCGCUGGAAAAACGGUCUGCCGAGCUAGAGUCUCAGAUCAAAGUCUACCUUCUUCGGUUGACGGAGAUGCUGGACGAACGGGCCUCAUUGGAACGUGUCCUGACGGACGAGAGGAACUCAGUCAUGACGAUGGCUGCUGAUUUUUUCAAGGAGAACCUCGUCCUUAAGGUCAAGAACCAAGCCCUUCGUACUGAGGUGGCCGAGACCAUUGCUGGCGCCAAAGAGGCUAUGAACACCGUCAUAGACACCUCAAAGGAAUGGGCAGUGCAAGCUUUUGGCAUGAUGGCCGAAGAGGAGGAUAUCCCCAGAUAUACUCGUCGGCUGGAGUUCCAGGAGGCUUUGCAUAAGGCGACUAUAUCCGGAGCCGACCCUCCCGUUUUGAAGAAUUUCUGA